AUGCUUGCUUUAGGCCCACGAGGUCUACAGGGCGACCGCGGCGAGCGCGGAAUUCCUGGAGCUACUGGAGCGCCGGGACCGAAAGGAGAGCGUGGUCCUCCAGGACCCCGCAAGGGCGACAAGGGCGACCCGGGGCGGCGAGGGCGGCGGGGGCCGCGGGGGCCCGUGGGGCCGCCGGGCAAGCCGGGGCCGCGGGGCGACCUGGGGGCGGCCGGCCUCACGGGUCUGCCUGGUCUCCCUGGAGAACCUGGGCCUCCUGGGAAACCUGGGCUCAAAGGAGAGAAAGGAGACUGCUGUGACGCCACCAAGCUGAAGGGCGAGAAGGGCGAGCCUGGCGUGGGCCCCCCCGGCCCCCCCGGCGCCCCCGGCCCCCCCGGCCCCCCGGGACCCUCCGGUCCCACGUCGCAGGGCCGCGUCGGCUACAUACCCGUCCCGGGACCUCCGGGACUACCUGGGCCGCCGGGUCCUCCGGGUGUGUCCGUGAUGGGUCAGAAGGGCGAGCCCGGAGAGCCGGGGGCGCCCAGCUUCCGCUUCCUGCAGCACGACGACCCGAACGCCGGCAGGACUGGUCCGGCAGUCCAGGAGUACAAUGGGAGCGGCCACACCCUCCGGACGGCGUUCGAAGAGCGCUUCAGGGGUGAGAAGGCCGGCUACGAGGAGGAGGAGGACCGGAACGUGAAGAUCGUCCCGGGCGCCGUCACCUUCGACACCACAGACGCCAUGACGAGGAUGACGGCGGCCAGCCCCGUGGGCACGCUGGCGUACGUGAUGGACGAGCAGGCGCUGCUGGUGCGCGUCGCCGCAGGCUGGCAGUACGUCGCGCUGGGGUCGCUGAUGGCGGUGUCGACGCAGCCGCCGCCCACCACGACGACGACGGAGCGCCCGUCGACGCGCGCCCUGCCCAUCGAGGCCUUCAACGUCGUCAACGAGCCCAGUCUCCGGCUGGCGGCGCUGAACGAGCCGCUGUCGGGUGACAUGCACGGCAUCCGGGGCGCGGACAAUGCGUGCUACCGGCAGGCGCGCAGGGCCGGCUUCCGGGGCACCUUCCGGGCGCUGCUGGCGUCGCGCGUCCAGAACGCAGACUCCAUAGUGCGGCCUGCAGACCGCUCGCUGCCCGUCGUCAACACCAAGGGCGAAAUCUUGUUCACUUCGUGGAGAGAUAUGUUCAACGGCGACGAAGCACCCUUCCCGAGAGCAGCGAGAAUUUUCAGCUUCAACGGCAAGAACAUCAUGACCGACUACGGCUGGUCGAAGAAGCUGGUGUGGCACGGCUCGACACCGGAGGGUGAGCGCAAGAUGGACGCCUACUGCGACGCGUGGCAGUCGACGAGCGGCGAGGGCCUGGCGUCGCCCUUAGCGUCGGGACGGCUGCUGGCGCAGGAGCGGUUCGCGUGCGGCGCGCGGCUCGCCGUGCUCUGCAUCGAGGCCAGCAGCCAGCUGCCGGCCAGGAGGCGGCGCCGCGGCGCCGGGAGCGGCGGCGGGGGCGGCGACGACGAUGACGACGACGGCGACGAAGCGGGAGAGUACCGGCCGCUGGACGACGAGCACCAGUGAGAGCGGGUGGCGAGCUGGUCCACCGAGUCUCACCUGCAGAUGAACGGUCAAUACAGAGCAGACAAGAGUGUGUGCUGCGAGUUUUGGACAACUGCGGAUGAAACUCAACCCCCCAUAAUCGUCUGACUCUUGUGUACUUGCGUAGGCUUCCACCCGUGAAAAUCAGAUAGUAUGUGUUCAUCACGGAAAUAGUAAAUUUUAACAUUUUUCGUACACUCUUGCAUAAAACGCCCAUUGCACUUACAAACUAUUACAGAUCGUUUCUGUUACUGGUUCACAUGAUACCGCUCUACAAAUAGAAAAAAAGUAUGAAAUCUUCAUUUUCUUUCUUACAUGUAAUUCCCUCCUUCGAUCUAAUCAGUUGAUGUUUCAAUUUUUUUCACAAGUACCCUGACUGAGGUAAAAAUUACUAUGAACAUUACACCUACUAACAACUUACAUAAAAAAACUGAAAACUGUUCUUCACUUUUCCGUUUCCGACUUCCCCUUUUUGAAAGAUAGAUCCCCUCUUCCGUCUAAUUUGUUGUGGUUUCUAUUUUUAUCAUAAGGGCCCUGAGCGAGGUAAAAAUGUUAACAUGACACCUCUUAACACUGAAAAACUUCUUAACAACGUUGUUCUCCACUUGCCUCUUUCCAGUAAAUAUGAUUACUGCAGUUUUAAUUUUAUAAUCUAGGCAGUUAAUAUACAUUGUUAUCUACCUAUCUAUGUAUCCCACAAGGAUCCAUGCACUAUGAUUGUGGCAAAAUGGUGUGUAAUAUUCCCUCACUUCACAGAGUGACAAAUAAUUGUGCCCAUACAUCUUAAUGACCCUUGUAAUAUCUAGUGAUAAUUAAUGACGCAUAAUAUGGACAACAGUACUUCAAGUAUCAUAUGGAUACUCAAUACAUUUUUUAUCUUUGUUGAUGUAUGUGUGAUACUUUUCUAAUUCACCUGUCAUAAGAUGUAUCUCUUGACAAUGUAUGUGAUCACUAGUCAUCCAAGGCCUUAUCAAUUAAGUUCAUAUGAAACUGUUAGAUUGAGGAACUGUUAACCUGUAGAAAUACUACAGGUAUGGCUCUAUCUGCUACCAUAAAUAUCUUACCCCUUUUCUCAAGCAGUUGUAAGUCUGCACAGAUAGAGGAAUUAUAUUUGAUUCAUCUUUCUAUUAUUACUAUUCUACUGUAUAUUAAUGAAUAUCUCUUUAUCUAAUGAAUUCAGUUUUUGAUAGACAUUCCUUGCAACAAAAUUUGCAGAGUAUUAAUAUAUACUACUUUAUGUCAAUGUGGUGAAAACAAGAAUUGCUCUCUAUAUGUUUACCUAUAUCUUUCCAUUAAGUUUGAUAUACAUACGAUUUGAAUUUUUAGAACUGGUACUACCUAUACUUUCUUCUAUGACUGUCAAUGGUAUGAAUGCUGCAGUGAUACAUAAUGCACUUUCCCAGAUGACAAAAUGUUACGUGAUGUUUAGAACAUAAAUUUCUUGAACUAUACUUCCUCAUCAUGGGAACGCAUCCUAAAUGUUUUAGAAUACAGCAAACGUUACUUGGGAUAAUUUUGGUAGGCUUCCCAUCAUAACAAAAAUAAUAUGUAGGUUCGAUUUAUCCUUUGAAUAGAAAUAACAUGUACAGUAAAUUUAUUUCAACAUAACUUCCCAUAAAAAUUCUUUUUUACUCAAAUAUUAACUGUUUAUACUUAUAUAGCGUUUUAAUCAAACAAUGUCAAAAUAAUAUUUUCAUUCUGCACUUGAUUACUAUUUCAGGGAUGAUGAUGAAAUGAUUUAAUUUUCGAAACAUACUUAAAUGUACUGACAGAGACAACACAUUUUUCAACUCUGAGACAUGUAGUGCAUUUAUCAACAACAAGAAUUACCGUCCUUAAUUUUAUAAGCUUACACUGAAUGCUCAUCUACAUGUUACUUAAUUGGACAAUACCAGGUUCUGAGUUUCCUGGGGUAUAUUUAAACCUACUAUUUGUUAGGACAGACUCUAUUAAAGCUACCUUAAACUUGAAAAGAGUUUAUAAUACUUAAUGAUUCAAGAAGAAAAAGGUGUAAUUUUAACUUGUGACACUGAAGAUAGAUUGUACAUUAGUUGGGAGUGUAUAUAACAAACGUGUUACAUUUACAGAGAAUAAUAAGAGUGACUUUAUUUUUCAACGCUUUAGUGUGCUACACGAGGCAAUAUUGGCACAAAUAUUCCCAAAGACUGGCAAGUUCAUAAGAUAUGUGUGUACAGAAUGUUGUUUAGUGCUUUCACCAGACACCUAUUUUAAAGUCGCUGUAAGAGAUGUAGAGCUGUAGGAAUGGAAGAGUUGAGUGACUUUUAAGGUAGAAGAUCGACUGUGUUGUGCGCAGUAGCCAGCUUAUACGUGGCGAUGCAAUACUGAGCCCUGUUCAGAAUCCGGCCGCUUUAAUUUUUGUACAAACUUGAGAGCGUUCCUUACUUAUAAACGUACCAUAACUGCAGAUAUACUAUCUACCGUCUGCAUAACAUGAAUAUUUGUAAAGUUGUGAAUGAAGAAAUGUCUGACCAUGGCUUCACUGAUACUGUUUAAUUCCGCUCCUUCUCUUACACUAUUCGCGUCGACAAGUAAUGUUUCUAUUCAGGGAUCUCUUUCUACUUAUAGAAUAGAUAUAAAAUAUCCCUUGACAAGGCGAACAAUUCCACUGCCAUGUAUUACUUGAUAUUUGCCGUAAUAUAAGAUGUACUUACAGUCGAACUGUUAAACAUUUUUUCUCUAAUUAAUUUUACAUAUCCACGACUAUUUAACAUUUCUUCUUCGUACUUCAAAGACUUGCAAAAGAUUUUAUUAUUGUUUCAAAAACGUGGAAAUGUGAUGCGUAUCUGUUCAAUGAACAAUGAAGCUAAAGUGUUACUUCACAUUUUCAUGCAACUGAAAUCGUUAUACGUUCUGGCGUGUGCAGUCAUUCGGCUGCCUACCUUACUUUCUCAUUUUUGCAAAAGGGGCGUUAAAACCACGGAUAAAACCUAGGAAACUUAAAAUGUCUGGAACGUCAUGUAAGAAUGGAAGUUCUUAAAUGUUGUCUAACUGUUAAACAACAUCGUUCCUUCUGUAACGUAUACAUUUUUGUCUAGUUAAGAAUAACAUUGUUGAUGUUUAGAAGCUGUGUAGAUCAAUUAUGAUUUCAGUUACACUGGUAUGAGAAAUAAAUCUAUGUCGAGUGUU